CCUUGGGUGUCACUGUGGGCUUUGCGAGGAGACGCAUGCGCAGUGGUGCCGGGGAAGAACUUUAAUAAUUAUUUUUCAUUCCUGUGCGGAUGCUUCGUGUGGUGACAUCACAGCGCAAGGUAGCGUCAGCGCCUGGCCCGCUCCCCUCUCUCUCCUGCCUCAUUGGUGCGUCGGUAGCUCGUUCCUCCUCCCUUUUCCAAGAUGGCGGCCAUGGGUGUAAACAAGACAGGCCUCGGAGCAGGGCUGGAUGCCGGUCCCCGACACAGUGGCAGCCGGGGGACGGCCGGGGCUGCUGUGAAGGAGAUUCCGGUGUGUGGGGCUUGAAAAAAAACUUUGCUUUGCUGGAGCUCUUGGAACGACUGCAGAAUGGCCCUGCUGGCCAAUAUGGGACAACAGAAGAAGCUAUUGGCCAGUCUGGAGAGAGCAUCAUUCGUUGUGAUGAAGAUGAAGCUCAUGUUGCAUCUGUAUACUGCACUGUUUGUGCCACUCACUUGUGUGCAGAGUGUUCACAGCUUACCCAUUCUACGAAGACAUUAGCAAAACAUAGGCGUGUACCUCUUGCUGAAAAACCUCAUGAGAAGACCAUGUGUUGCCAGCACCAGGUGCAUGCCAUUGAAUUUGUUUGUUUAGAAGAAGAUUGUCAGACCAGUCCUCUUAUGUGUUGUGUCUGCAAAGAAUAUGGAAAGCAUCAAGGUCAUAAGCAUUCUGUUUUGGAACCAGAAGCAAACCAGAUCCGUGCAUCCAUUUUAGACAUGGCACACUGUAUAAGAACCUUCACAGAAGAAAUCUCAGACUAUUCCAGAAAACUAGUUGGAAUUGUUCAACAAAUUGAAGGAGGAGAACAAAUAGUGGAAGAUGGAGUUGGAAUGGCCCAUACAGAACAUGCCCCAGGUACUGCAGAAAAUGCCCGUUCAUGCGUCCGAGCCUAUUUUUCUGAUCUUCAUGAAACCCUUUGUCGCCAGGAAGAAAUGGCACUUAGUGUGGUUGACGCACAUGUGCGGGAGAAAUUGAUUUGGCUCAGACAACAGCAAGAAGACAUGACUAUCCUGUUGUCACAGGUGUCAACUGCUUGUCUUCACUGUGAAAAGACUUUACAGCAGGAUGACUGCAGAGUAGUGUUGGCUAAACAGGAGAUUACAAGGCUACUAGAAACAUUACAAAAACAGCAGCAGCAAUUUACAGAACUUGCAGAUCAUAUACAGCUUGAUGCUAGCAUUCCUGUCACUUUUACAAAGGACAACAGAGUACAUAUUGGACCAAAAAUGGAGAUUCGAGUUGUGACCCUAGGAUUAGACGGAGCUGGCAAAACAACUAUUUUGUUUAAGUUAAAGCAGGAUGAGUUUAUGCAACCUAUUCCAACAAUAGGUUUUAAUGUUGAAACUGUAGAAUAUAAAAAUCUGAAGUUUACUAUUUGGGAUGUAGGAGGGAAGCACAAAUUGAGGCCUUUGUGGAAGCAUUAUUACCUCAAUACACAAGCAGUGGUAUUUGUUGUCGAUAGCAGUCACAGAGACAGAGUUAGUGAAGCACACAGUGAACUUGCAAAGUUAUUAACAGAGAAAGAAUUGCGGGAUGCCCUGCUGUUGAUCUUUGCCAAUAAGCAGGAUGUAGCAGGGGCUCUUUCAGUAGAAGAAAUCACAGAAAUGCUGAGUCUCCAUAAACUCUGCUGCGGCCGUAGCUGGUAUAUUCAGGGCUGUGAUGCUCAAAGUGGCAUGGGACUAUAUGAAGGAUUGGACUGGCUUUCAAGGCAACUGGUGGCUGCAGGUGUACUGGAUGUGGCUUAAUUUUAUGACAGUUGCAAAUUAAAUUUGUAAUUCACUUAUUUGCACGGGUUAGGAUGUUGUAACAAGGUCUGCAUUGUGGAGAUGGAGAUUUAUCUAGAGCUCUGAUUAUAGAAGAAAAUGUAUGUGGCAUCUGCUUAUCAAAGAUUGUGGAAUUGGUACAGUAAACAUUGUGCAAUUGCUAAAGUUUUUAAAGUUUGGUAAUGCAAAAGACUAAUAAGGUGUGCUGGCUGCUAAGGUACCUAGAGAGAGAGAGAGAGAGAGAGAGAAUUUUUUUUGUGAAACUAUGUUACUUACAAUUUAAGCAAACUUUUUUCUGCUAAAACACUGUGUAUCUAAAUUGGUCUAAUAUUCACCAUAAGGUCACAGAAGCUACUUACUAAAAUUCUUAGCAACUUAGAAAUACUUAUCCGAAAAGCAACUUAAAAAAAAAAACAAAACAAACUCUUGAGCUAUUUAGAAAGCAACCAAAACUCUGGAUGCUCUUUGGUAACAUAUUAUACCACUUGUAGUACAUUUAAAAAGGCAUUAGCUUAAACUUUGCUUUGAAAACUCCAUAUAGACAUUACAAGAAAAAGUUAUUCCCCAGUCAUUUAUUUAUUAGCCUUAUUGCAUGCCAUGGGAUGUGUAUAGGGCUAGAAAGUGGUAAGAACAUAGUAGUCUUUCUAGGACCUUGCAGAUUUAAUGGGUGUUGGCAUUAACUACCAUUAGUAAUAAAAGAUGCAGUUGAAUGAAAGCAAAGCAAAAUUAGAUGCAUUAAAAUGUCUUCUUUCCAUGAAUAAUACAAAAUAUAUUGAUUUAUAGAUGGGAGUUGCUUGUGCCUGCCUAAGGACAUAAUGUGUCUUUAGAGAUUAAACUUCAUCCUUAAGAAAUCAAGUGAACUUAAGAACUUCCUAAAGAAAGCAGUUGAAAUAUCAGCCCACCUAUAUAUUUGUACAUGAGUUAUGUUUCCAGAAAAAGGUAGCAGCCUUAAAAUAUUGAGUAACCUACUGUAAAAGCACCACAUGCUUAAUAACUCUUACUUAGAACAGCAGAUGGUAAAAUCUGAUCUAAACUUUUAGUGUCUGAUACAGAUUCUUUAUCUACUUGGAACUAUCACCAGUGCCUGUAUUCAAAGAUUAUUCAUCACAAAAUCUCAGAAUCUUGGGGGUCUAUUUGUUUAAAUUUAGAGUAGAUUGGAAUAAUUUAUUGAUGUCUCCCCUUUUUCUGUGCAUACAUUUCUGAUCACCAUAAGUCUGUGUGGUGAGCACUCCUUGUGUGACUCAUCUGUUCCCUUCUGUAACUGUAACCCCUGGAAAGUGACGAGGCCGUGCAGAAGGAAUACCAUGGUAUUAGCACGUAUUUUGUAGCAUUUUCCCCCACCAGAUACAGUAGGUUAAAGCAAAGAAUAUAUAAACAAAUUAUUUUAAUACAUUUGCACUUCAGGAGGAAGCAGUUGUGGUAACUGCUCCCUCCUGAUACACUGGUUUAUAAUCACUUCCAUUCUUUGCAUUUCAUACUGAUGGUGUAAUGUACAUUAAGCUUGGUGAAACUGAAUGGUUUGAAUUGUAGCUCAAGUGACAAGUGUCACUAUUUUCAAAGGUGUAGGUACAAAUUAAGCUUGUCUUCACAUUUAGAAGCGAUCUUAAAAAUCCUUGCACCCAUACUAGAAUGCUAAGAGAAGGAUUUUAGACACUAAGUUCAGACUGUAUUUGAAAGCUAUAUUCUCUUUCAGAAUACACCUGAUAAUAUUGUAUAUAAUUUACAUGGACUGAAGAGUUUUUGCUGCCCAAAUUAAACUGAAAAUUGUUCACCUUUCAGCCUGCAAUCUCUUGCACAAUAGACAUUUUCUGCCCCUUUGACUACUUACUCAGCCUAUAUUGCAGACCCAGCAUAGACCUUCAUAAUUCUUUGACUGUCCUUUUCAUGGUUUCAUUUUCAAAUAUUAACAAGUUCUAAGUAACAGACACUUUAGCUGGAAGAUUUUUAAUGAAUAAAACAUGCAUUGGUUGGAAGAUCUAAUAUGAAAUUUGUCAUUUUAGUUGGUACGUUCUGUAUCUUCAGUGGGUUCAUUUGCACCUGCUCUCCCACUCGGCUGUUACUACUUUUGUUUUCUCUGGUUAUUUUAAAGCACUCAGAAAAACCAGUCAAUACUUUGAAGGGUUUAUAGAGAAGAGUACGUUUGGGGGAAAAAAUUCACUUACUCGUCUUUUACUUUCAGAACAAAAAGUUCUGCUGCAAAUGUAGUAUACUUGCAUAAAAGUAUUAUUUUUUUAAAUGGAAACUAAUGUGACUGAUUCAAGUAACUGUGAAAAUAGGACUUGCAUUUGUCUGUGAACUCUUCAGGUGUUAUCAGGUAAACUUAGAUUUAUUUGUCUUAUAAGUUAAUACUAUAUAUAAACUGCUUCAAUUGUAAAUUUUAAAUGUCUUGAACUUUAAUUCAGUUUUUAGUGUACUAACUUAUGCAAGUAUGAUUGGGAUGUGUUUCUCACAUUGUUAAAAUUAAAAAAAUUACAAGUACUGCAGAGAAUUCUGGGUAAAACUAAAGCCUGAAUUGUUUAAAAAGUUAACUAUAGCAUUUAGCUAUCAGGUCUAGAUUUUUGCUUAAUUGUGAAACUGAGUAAACAUAACCUGUGCAGUGACUGCAGAAAAGUGUUUUAACUAUUUUGAAACAAGAUUAAUUUAAACAAUAGCUAAGCUAUUUGAGCAGUAAUGCCUGACUUCUUGGUAUAGUCUAACUUCCAUUGUAUGUAACUGAAGUUUUUCUAAUUCUGCUUGUGGACUGAAUGAUGACUGAGGUUCUGUCUGCAAGAAGAUAUUCACCAAACAGUUCUUGUUCUAGGCUACUGGAGCAGGGUUGGGUAUGGUAGUACUUCACAAAGGAACAGCUCUUAUCUGAUGGAAGAAUGAUUUAGCUGAUAGGAGUUUCUGAACUGCCUUGAAAUUUUUUUUCCAAUAAAGAGAAUACAUUAACCCUC